AUGACCACCGAUUUGAGUUUUUGGGUUUGUGUAUCGAAUGCAAACUGGCCUGAUGCGUUGGAUAUAAUCAAUCUGAUUCUCGAAGUUAUCGGCAUCUCACUAAAUGUUUGGGUACUUCACAUGCUGUGUCGGUUGCGGGGAAAAACACUGACUAGCCUAACAUUACUGCGAUCACUCACCUGCACCGCACUUCUGACCCUCCUCAUGAAUUUCAUAGAGGACGUCUACCCAUUUCCUCUGGUGACCGACAAUUACGUUUUCAACCGUAUUGCAUGUUAUGUCUGGUACAGUCGAUUCUUCUACUGGGUAUUUGUCGUUAUGGGUGGCCUGGUGCUGACCUACUUUACGGCUAAUCGAGCCAUACAGAUUGUCUGCAAAUACCAAUUUGCGUACAGCUCGUCUCAGGCUGUUGAAUUAGGCUCAGUUGCCGCCAUUGUUGUAUUCAGUGCUCUGCUCACUUCGCCGCAAGUCAUUAUUGUGCAAACGGACGGAAAAAGAUGCAUUUGUUCUGAGGUG